AUAAAGCAGGGUAUGCUUUAGGGCGGGGCUACACUGUGAUCGACAGGUCUCUACCAGAGCCGUAUACGGCAUCUUUACAUAACUCCUCCACUGUCCAAUUAUGGUCACUGGUUGCAAAAAAAACAAGAUGGUGAUGACCAAAUCGCCAAACUGGAGGCUUCAAAACCGUAAUCCACAAGUCAAUGGGUGACACCACAGUGACUACGUCCACUUCUUCUAUACAGUCUUAAGUGACCCAAAAACCCGUUGCUAUGAAUUGUUUAACACAUAGUCAUCCAUCUCAACAUGUCUUUUAUUUUAGCGCCUUUACAGUCUUAAACCAUAACAAGAAGUGAAGUAAUUGGUCUUGUCCCUGAACUCUAAUGCAAAUCAUCAUAACUGAAUUGAGCAUGAAUAUCUUGACCUUGGAUUUUGGACAAAAUAAUCCACCAACUGGCUUUCUUUUUGAGCUUUCAACCGCAUGGUCUUCAUCCAUCUCCAGUACUAGUAAUGUAAACGAUCUUCAUAUUCUUUUGUCAUACAACCCUAAUAGAGAAUUACUGUAGUCCUGAAAAAUAAUUGCUUUCUUGUCCUAUAGAGUAAAUGGCUUGAGAUUCCUUGUAAUACAAGGCACAACAAAAUGUCUGUCUCUUUGUACAUGAAACUCAUCUCAUCACAUCCGGCUGCUGCAAGGUGUCUUCAUAUAUAUCUGCUUCAGUUGUGGUAAAAGGAUUAUUAUGACUAUUUAUGAUUAUUUUUAUGAGUCAGACAUACAGAUGUACUAGAGUUCUCACAUGAAGCUCACCUGUUAUGGUACAGAACCAGAAUCUUAAUCAGAACCGUUUAUUUUGCCAGUGUAUGUUGUACAUAUAAGGAAUUUUACUUGGUAGAUGGUGCAUAACAUUAAACAGUCAACACAGUGCAAAGAGUACAAUGUGUACUCGAAUGGAAGCCCACCUUUUCCCUGAUAAAAGAUCAUUUAGUUUACAUAUAUACAAUUUGUGCCAGUACAAACCCCGUCAAAAGGAAUCCAGUGUGAUUGUGAAUCUACUUCACAGGUUUUUGCCUCAGUGUGGACAUGAGCAGUUCGCCCAAAAUAUAUUUGUAUGUUGAACAUAUCACGUGUUUUACAAGACAAAAAAUAUUUGACAAAAGCUGUGAAAAAGAAAAGUAGAAUUUUGUCAAAUGGGAACGACCGGGUUUGGAACCACUCAUUCAGUCCAAACCGUCAAAAUGAAGUCUUCCUUCUCGUGUUGAUGAUUUCAUUGUUGUGCAGUGAUCCUAGUGAAAACCCUUGAAAACCCCAAACUGGGAAGUUUAACUUCCUUGUAAUGAAAAGAUGUAUUGCAUGCCACUCAAUCACCCAUUAAUCUCUCUUGAUAGAGUUGUUCCAAUACAAUCUAGUAUCCAUGGCAUUUUGUGAAAUACUCACGAAUUAGUAUUGUUGUGGUUCUGUUGCCUAAACUUAAAGUUUGUGACGGUAUUCUUAAACAUAACUACAUGGUUUUGUCGCCAAAACUGAACUGUACAAAGUUAUUUCAAGCCCAACCAUGAUCAACCUAACCUCAAGCCACGAAACAAAUUGCCUAUUCGUGUCCCUGUACACGAAACCAAUUGGUUGCACUUUGUAACUAUUUCACAAACUGCCCUGAGGUUGUGUUAUCUGACAACAGUAUCGAAGGUGCCUCCAAAUCUAUGUUAAAAUCGGCAGAAGGAGAGCUAAUUAGCAUUAGCUGUUAGCAGCCGGUGGGCCAGUCCUCAGGAAAGGAAGAAAUGGUAUGGGAACAUGUUGUUACAAGAAUGUUGUCAGGCAAAAUGUUCUGUAUUACAGAUAUAUGGACAUUUAUCAGUCAAGCAAAAAGGCUUUCUCAUUCUGUGUGUAGGGGGAGACGGCUGGCUUCUGCCUCUUUGUAUAUUAAUAAUAUUGGUUCUAUGUAGCGGCUCCCAAAGAACUGUUGUAGCUGUGACGUGUAGGUGGCGAACAGAAAGUACAGUAGUCUUGGUCACAAGUAUUGUGUAAUUCACAGGGAAACCACGCUCGAAAACAAAGAAAAGUACUUCUUUAUUUAACACGUUGAGCGCAGGGUUCAGUGAAUCAGUGAAUGUCAGCGUGUUUAGGGAAGUGAAAUGGACUUCCCACCAACACACGCGGCCCACACAUGAAACUCCCGGUAAUCCCCCACAGAUCAAGAGGAGAGAUACUGACACGUCAUAGUGAAGUCUCAACACAGGAGCUUUGGGACUCUCCCCCCCGGCUGCUCCUGAACUGUAUAAAGGUGUGAGUUCAAGUUCAUACAGCAGAAGAGAAGAACAGGCUGAUAACACUCACCUACUACUACACAGUGAAGGGAACAUGGCUGCUGCUCAUCUUGCUCUGUCCGUGCUGGUGCUGAUGCUGGCUGCCGUCACUCUGACUGAAGGAUUGCGUGGCGCCGGCCCCAAGAGAUGCUGCUUUCGUUUCAAUGAGAUCGAGGUGCCCAGCGACAGAGUGGUCGGCUACAUCAGGACCAGCCAGCGGUGCUCCAAGCCCGCCGUCCUGUUGAAGACCGUGGCGGGGCGUCACCUGUGUGCCAGACCCUCAGCCGCUUGGGUAAAGGAGCUUAUCGACCACCUGGACGCCAAAUCUGUCCCAGGAGAGACGUCCAACCUGUAACUGGCGAGGCCACGUCCCUCCUAUCAGAGCUUCUGGUGGACAACAUCUGGCCAGUUAUUGUUUCUUGAUGCUGCAAAUUCAAACUGUCAAAGAUGCGUUACCAUAAGGUCUGCAGGAGGGCAUCUGUCCAUCUAUAUGCAAAAUAUUUACUAAAACACAAAAUAUUGUUAUGUUUUGUGACUCACUCGUGGAGAGACACAUACUGUUUUCUACAUUUCUGACUUUAAAAAAAGUUUAAUUUGAGUAUAUGCAACAAUAUGUAUAGUUUUUGCUUACACUCUGACCGUCAACACUGUGAAAUACUGUUGCUUUGUGAUUUGAAUUGACUUAACAGAAACUGCAUUUACUGUAAAAGAGCAAUGCCUCCCAACUUCACUUGUUAUCAGUAGAGUAUAAGCUACGGGUCAAUGCCACUAUUUCUACAAUGAACCUCUGUGAGCUCUUCCUCUUGUUUUUUUUUGUAUAAACUAAAGUGAUGGUGGAUUUUUUUUUACGAUUUACGGUCAUGUUUUGAAUUCAAGUACUUGUACAGAUAAGUACAAAAUGUAUUUUUGUAUGCUUGAGCUACUGAUUUGAUUCUGUUGAAUUAAAGCAAGAUAAUAUUU